UAACGCAAAGGAGAAAAAACAAAAAUCUGACCGCGGGUGGACGGGAACGCGUCUCGUUUGAUGAAAAGUGCGAUUUUCCGGUGGAAAAAAGUAGCGGAAUUGUAUGAAAAGUGUGCAGCGGUGCAGCCAAGUGUAUAGAUUUUUCGAAUAUGGUGUUUGAUUUUUGUGGAAAUUGUUGGAUGAGUGAUAAAAUGCGUUUGUAUUAUGACGAUUGACAGAAGUAUUUUCCGUGGGGCAGUUUGUUGAUAGUGCGACGCUUGAGUGGGUGGGGCGCGCUAAGUGUAUCGCCUUCGUGGGGUGGAGGUGUCUGGUCUUUUAACAAAAAGAAAAUAAUUGCAAGUGGAGGGAAACGGUUCGACUACUAAAGUUGAUUGAUUGCAAAGCGCGAAAAAUUGCUUCAAAUCGCUUAACGAUAAGGGUGAUAAAGGUGAAAUUGUGAGGGGUAGAAAUCUAUUGACACUUCUUGACAGACCCUUGCAAGGAAAGUGAAAAUGGCCCAAAGAAAGCGAGAGUAGCUGUUUUGAAGGUCGGAAUUACAGAGGAUAGAAUCAACAUCUGUUUUGGUGAUAAUAACGAGAAAAAUGGCUGGAUACAAAUGUGUGAAUUUUGGGGACUUGUGUCGGCUUUGUGCCAGCAGCAGUGGUGAGCGAAUUGGAAUUUUCUCAGACGAAGGGAAACGGAAAAAUCUUCCGGUGAAAAUCACGGACAGUCUCAAGAUUAAGGUCUACGAAAAGGAUCGUUUACCAAAAAGCGUUUGUUCAAAAUGUUUGAAACAGUUGGAAGCUCAUGUGGAAUUCCGGGAGUCGGUUGUGAAGGCGCAGGGGAUGCUGGAGAGUUGCCUAAACUCCGCCAAGCUUAAAAAUGGUGGAAUGGUCUACAUAAAGGAUGAUUCAGCGAAAGAUGAGCAGACGUCGAUGAUGACGACGACUGAUCUCACGACACCAUCGCCGAGUCCAGUUGCUGCCACCAUCACUCUCCCAACCAUCCAAACCCAAUCUCCGACACAAGCUCCUGCUCAAGUGAAGUUGCUUCCAACAAUUCCCUUGAGUAGUUCAGCUGGGCUACAACAUACGGCCACCAUCACUUCCUCACCAGCCAUGACACCCAUCAUUAUCAACACUUUGCCGAAAGGAUUCGCACAUGCAUCGACCGCAGCGACGGGAGGUGGGAUUAAAGCAGCCACUCUCAUGGCUCAGAACUCAGAUUUUCUCACCAGCAUUAUGCAAGCCGUGGGGAUACAAACGGGCGAGACUUCGGUGGCGGCUGCAGCUGUGGCAGCAGCAGCAUCUACUCAAGAAAGUCACCACCACCAGCAGCAGCAGCAACAACUGUCGAUGAAUCAGAAUAAUCAGCAGCAACAACAGCAGCCGCUGGCACAGUACACAAUAACUGUGGAUGGCCAGACGAUCAAGGCCAAUCAGAUCCACUACAAAAUCCAGGACGGAACGGGGCAAGCCGUUUUGACGGCUUCCGGAGCUGAGGUAGAGCAGCAAGGCGGCUCGUAUCAGCAGAUGGACGAAUUUCUGAGGAUGAAGACGCCGGUUAAAACGAAUAGAAGGGAGCUAGAGAAAACGCCUGAACCAGUCUCGGCAGCAAAAAUGCCAAAGAUUAGUGUCCUAAUCAAAUCGCCCCCUCCUCAAUCUACGUUAGUUCAACAAACACCCCCCAAACAAAACAUUAUCCCGGUUGCCACGGUAUCCAGCAGUCCCAUCACCUUAACGCCUGUGUCCACCUCCAGCAGCAUAGCCAGUUUUUCUGCGGCUCCUAGUGGCACGAUAUUUACGAGUACUCCUGUCGCCGGGACCUCACUUGGAUCAAGCACCGUAAAAUCUACCGCUUCUAUUCCCGUACUGGAUGCCAGCAAAAUCAUGCAAGCCAACAAAUGCAUCGUUCCCAUUAUGUUGAAAGCCGAAGGAGGUGGGGAACAAAUUGCGCUUGCGCCCAUUACGAAUGCUGCGGACAUGAACAAAAGUGUCGUUCCUAACGUUCAGUACGUGCAGAUGAAACUGCAGCCCGGGCCAGAUGGAAUGUUCCGAUUGGCUCCUGCUCAGAUGCCACCAGCUCUAACGUUAACUCCCCAAGGCAUGCAGCAAUUCGGGAUAAGUCCUCUGCAAACCGUUCAAGCGCAACACGCCCAACAGCAGCCUCAGAUUCAAAUACAACCGCAGCAAAUCCAGGCACAGUUGACUAUGCCAAGCGUCCAAGUUCCUUUGUCCAACUAUCUCAGUCUAGUCGAAAAAUCUUCCCAGCUCCAGAACCAAGUCUCAGCUGCCGAAGUACAGCCCCAGCAAGCUAACAUAGUCAUCACAACUCAACCCGUUCAACAACAAUCCCAACCCCAACAACAGCAACCUCAACCCCAACAACAAUCCCCAGUUCAACCAACGCAACACAUGCAAAUUGUACAAAGACCCCCGAUACAAGUCCAGCAACAACCCACACCACAGAGUCAACCCAAACCUCCGAAACCCAAUCCAUCGCCCCAACAACCGCCACCGCCUCCGACAACCACCCGCCGCGAAUCGACCUCCCAGGAACAAUCCCAACUGAACAGUUCGUCGGAUUCGUUGACCAGCAUCACGAACGCAUCCAUUGCGGCCACCCAACAGAUGAAGGCCAUUACGGCGUUGUCUUUCAAACAGGAAGGCCACAGUGAUUCACAGGCCACCGGUGUGAGUUCGCAGGGGACCGCCUCCGGUACGGCCUCAUCCAACGUCAGUUUUACGUCGUGCGACGUGUGCUCGAAGUCGUUCAAGCGGAAGGAACAUCUGAUGCAGCACCUGAAAUCGCACGUCGGCCUCAGGCCGUUCAAGUGCGAUGAGAGCGGGUGCAGUAAGUCGUUCAGCCGGAAGGAGCAUCUCAUGAGGCACAUCGUGUCCCACACGGGGAAGAAGCUGUUCGCUUGUCCCAUCUGUCGGAAGUAUUUCUCGCGGAAGGACAAUCUCAAUAAGCAUAAGAAGACACAUCAAGAGAAUAACAGUUCAGCUCCAUAUCGUUGUACGAUUUGUAGCAAGCACUUCUACAUCAAGGGGCAGUUCUUGAAGCACAAACAAAUGCACGAGAUGGCAAACGAGGCGCAAAAGUCCGACAAGAAAUCUCCAGUUAAGGUGAAAGUUGAACUGCCAGAAAUACCACAACAGUUACCAACUGUCCAACAACCGCAACCGCAGCAACAACAUCAACCCCAGCACCAAAUCCAGCAAAUACAACUGUCCAUCCCACAGCAGCAGCAACAACAAACCCAAGUUCAACCCCAGAUGCAGUCGAUGUCGCUUCAGCCCCAGCAGAUCUUUACCAUUCCAGCCCAACUGCAGAACACCAUCGCGGGCAAGGCACCCAUCAUCCACCAGUUGCAGAUUGCGAUGCCUACCAGCAUGGCGACCGCCACCAACCAGAGCACCUUACAAACCGUUUCGGCCUCGACCCUAGCAGGACUAGGGAUGGGAGGAGUCAACACCACCGCUGGUACCGGUGGGACCAAAACGGCCAUCAUAAAAUCCGCCGAUGGAAGCUCGGCCACCGUGUACACCCUUCCGUCGAACUUCAUCAUCGAUGGGACGCAGUUUCUGGGGGCGGCGAUGCAGCAGCAACAACAGCAACAGCAGCAGACGAGGGAACUGAUGGGCAGCAUCGGGAAUAUUAAGAUCGAACAGAUCACCUAGGAGCGGAGGGUGGUUUGGGUGAAUCAGCAUUCCAGUUAGAGAUGAGGGAGGGGAGAAUUGUACAGCCAGCUUAAAUUAGGCUGCUCUAAGUUCAUGUCAUCUUUCCAAUUUGUUUGUUUUGUUCUCGUUGCCAUCAAUCAUUUUCGAUAUAAUUGUGAAAAAUAGAGCCAAAUAUCAAAUGUAACUUGGGGAUCAUCCUUUUUGCUUUGGUGAGUAGUUCAUUAACGAUUACAUAAAUGUGUGAAAUCCCGUUUUAGUAAUUAUGUGUUAUUGUAAGGUUUCAUUCAUAUACCAGAUGAUACACAGGGAUUGCGGAUGAUUUCUGUCCCAUGUAAGUUAAAAGUCUGUUAAUAAAUCGCAAAGAAUAGCGUUCUGUAUUUGUAAAUAAUAGUAACUUAUUCAAAACAUUAAAUUAUCUGCUUUGUUUUGUCAAAUUCUAAUCUUACUUCGCUAUGACUAUGUGUAGUCCGUAAUGAAUUGGGAUUUAUUGUUUCCAAACAGUGAUUGAGGCCUUCCUGGCAUUUAGUAGUGUUAAAAAUUCGUGUUUUAAAAUAAGGAUAUUGUAUAUAACGCCAUGCCACUAGAAUGAACAAAAAUAUGUAGAUUUUGUAUCUGUGUAAAAUAAGAUUUCAUGAUUUAGUGCAUAAAUCUCUAUUAUCAGUAGAUUUGAAAUAUAUCAACCAGUGUCAAAGAAAAA